AUGGGCUCAGUGUUUCUCGCUUCCACCUCCGCCUUCAUACCCAUGAAAGGAGCGGAUGAGUUGGACAAGGGCACGCUUUAUUGGGGCCGACGACGUCCUAACCGACAGGAGGCACAUAUCAAAUCACCACUCUGGCCCCCAAAAGGUUGA